AUGAUCUUCGACGACUUACACGCCGUCCCACGUUUCAUACCAUCACAUUGCGUCUUCUCUGUAAUCCCCGUCCUAGAAUUAAGAACGUGUCCCUUCGACGCGGUUACGGAGUUAAUGUCAAGACGUGCAGGUCACGAGAACGCCGAGAACGCUGUCAACAGUCAAGGACCGUGCUCCUUCCUUCCCGCUACCAUCCCAUGCCACGUCGUUGUCGCCUCUGGCCCCGUCUCUGAAGCCACCUUGCGCUCACAUGCCAUUCGUCAACUACACGCCCAUCAACACAGCCGUUUGCCAGCCAUCUCAUUGCGCCGCGCAAUCGCCCUUCACGCGGACCCCAAGUCUGUUAGACCGGGGGAGCAUGCGCGGCCGUCGAUAGGGCUCCCAGUCGGACGCCGUGGGGGCAAGAGGACACCCGCAGCGCUCGUGGCGUGCAAUGUCUGCACCACGCAUGCUCGGUCGACCCCCAAGGUGGAUCCCUCGAUCACGACGGAUACUGAGGAGCUCGCUGCGCAUGCUGCGAGCGAGUCCAGAGGUGAUGGGAGACGGAGCGAGGAGCGACACUGGCACGUGGCUUGUCUCGCCUGUCCUUCAUCUGGAAACCGCGCCGCCCUCCUCUGUGCCUCCUCCUGGCGGCUUCCAUUUUCUCCAUACGCGGAACCGUCGGAGGCCUGCGUGCGCUUCCUCAGCGAAGAACGCGACGAUAGGGUGGACCCCUCCCGUCCACCCGCACGCGUAGAAGAAUAUUGCUAA